AUGAGCUCGCUGCCCAUUAAGCGGGUGCGCAUGCAGGGCUGGACCCUUGCCGAUAGCUAUACCUUCAUUUCCGUCUUCCUGCGAAGAUACGCAACCGUAACUGCUGGAGACACCGCUCAUCCAUCACAUCCAGCGGCAGCAGCAUCAACCUCACGUACUCCUCGCCGCCACUUUCAUGACUACUUUGUAACGCACCUGCCUACCUCCUCGCUCCACCCGGACUCUCGUGUCUCAGUCGGUCCUCAACACAACCUCCCACGGUCCGCUUCUGUUCCGCACGCUUCCUCUUCUACCGUUGCUGGCGCCGGAACUAGAACUAGACCGCUUGGGCGGGAUGCAUCCCCGGCCACGAUAUCGCCUACAUCCGGCCUAGCCAUAGGCCGAGAAACGACCGUGGUUCGCAUUCCUCUGCGUAGUGCAAAGCACCACUUUGGUGUCUCUCAUGCGCGUGGUACACGUCCUAGAAAUGAAGAUACAUAUCAGGCCGGUGUCAUCGAUUUACCGGCUUUUGCACGGCGAGCUCCACUUUCUGUCACAGUUGGCCAGUCUACGUCUGCGGCGGAAGGGAACAAAGUAGCAGAUAGUGCUACAGGUGAUCCCCAAGUGUUUUAUUUUGGCGUCUUUGAUGGCCAUGGCGGGACGGAAUGUAGCGAGUUUCUCCGGGAAAAACUACAUGGAUACAUUCAAGAGACAGCAAUGGAGUUUGGCAUGGAAUCUGCUCUAUCAAAGUGUGUAGAGAGCCAGAGGCUAACGAACCGAGCAAUACGCCAUCGAGAGCGGGUAGGGGAGGUCAAAUACGGUGUCUCCCCAGCUUCUACGGACGACAAGCAAAGGAGCCAUGCUGUGCAAGGUGAUCUCCCGAUCCUCCAAAAGGCCAAUAGGGAGCAUAUUGGAGAAAUGGAGAAGAAGCUGGUCGCAGACUGGAGAGAUCUAGUGGGCGGAUACUUUCGUCGAUUCCAACCAUUACACUUUUCUUAUUCAGGUGCGGAGCCGACGAGCGAAGAUGACGAGCACAGCACCACCAUCAAGGACGCAGAAGCAGACGCAGAGGGCGAAGACGUACCUGUUAGCGUCAAGUCAGGGGUCUCUAUCGAAGAGGUCGUCGAAUAUGCCUUCCUGCGGGCCGAUCUGGACUUUGUGUCCGCUCAAGUGUCCAAGGGGGAAGCUUGCUCGUUACCAACCAGCCCCGACAAGCCGCUCAAUGAGUACGACAUUCUUCACCAGCCGAACCGGUACCGCGAGAUGCCCGGCGGGAGAUCCCACAAGACCUUCAAGGGCGGCAGCACCGGCAGCAUCGCCAUGAUCUCAACCCCGACCCCGACACCGUUUUGGAACCCAUCUGCUCCCUCCUCCCUGCUGGUCUCACACAUUGGCGACACCCGUAUCCUGCUUUGCUCGACGGCAACCGGUCACCCAAUCCCGCUGACGACAGACCACCACCCGUCCUCUCCAGUUGAAAGUGCACGCCUACAACGCUACGCCGCCACCUUUGUGACUGAUUCGUUUGGCGAAGAACGCAUGAGCGGGCUUGCAAACACCCGCGCCUUUGGAGACAUCAACAGCAAACGCAUUGGAGUCUCCGCUGAGCCCGAACUCCGCCGUAUCGACAUGGUCCUGCGAAUCCACCUCUGUCUGAUGACGAUGGUGAGCGGACGUCAGUGA